ACGAACGUGCCUGUAGGUCUGUGGACAGGCUGCUUUUAGUUUCCUUUAACCAUGGCUGAGUCCAGCAAACGUCCGCGACUCAGUCAAGUUAACAGCUGUUCUCAAACGUCCGCCGGCGUUGCCAACAUGUUCAUUGGCAGUCAGCGCGAUGGAGCCGCAGGAGAGGGUCGUUUUGUGGAGGGAUCCAUACUUCGCAUCACAAUGAAAAACUUCCUGACCUAUGACUACUCUGUGGUGUACCCUGGACCUAAUCUGAACAUGAUUGUUGGAGCCAAUGGUACUGGCAAGUCCAGCAUUGUUUGUGCCAUCUGCCUUGGUCUGGCUGGCAAGACCACUAUCCUGGGCAGAGGAGACAAGGUUGGACUUUAUGUCAAACGUGGGUGCCAUAAAGGAUCUAUUGAGAUUGAACUGUACAAGAGGGAUGGGAAUGUAGUGAUAAACAGAGAGAUCAUUGUGGAGAACAAUCAGUCUCUGUGGAUGCUGAAUGGAAGACACUGUAACCAGAAAACAGUGGAAGAGGAGGUCAGGGCUCUGCAUAUCCAAGUCAGCAACCUCUGCCAGUUUCUGCCUCAGGAAAAAGUGGGAGAGUUUGCCAAAAUGUCCAAAAUUGAGCUGCUGGAGGCAACUGAGAAGUCAGUGGGACCACCAGAGAUGUACGAGUACCACUGUGAGCUCAAAAACUUCCGCAACAAAGAGCGAGAACUGGAGAAUGUUGUGAAAGAAAGAUCCAGCUUCCUCGAGAAGGCCAAGCAGAGGAAUGAGAGAAACAAACACGACGUGAACCGUUACUAUGAAAAGAAAAGGCAUCUGGAUGUGAUUGAAUUGCUUGAGAAGAAGAAACCAUGGGUGGAGUAUGAGACCACCCGUAAGGAGCUUGAGGGUGUAAGGAGGGAGCGAGAUGAGGCCAAAAGGCAGCUCUCUGUCCUGAGACAGGCCCAGGUGCCCAUGCUGAGGCAGAUUCAGGAUAUUGAAAACCGGCUGAAGCCCACUGAGGCACAAAUAAAGGCCAAGACUGAUGCCAUCAAAGAAGCGUCAAACAAGUGCAAACAGAAACAAGAUCAGCUGGAUCGAAAACACAAAGAGAUUGAAGAUAUCAAACAAACACUGAGACUGAAGCAGAUGGAGGAGGAAGACCAAAAGAAGCGCAUCAGCAACACUAGACGGACUAUUGACGACUUGAAGGCAGAGCUUGCCAAAGUAGGCGAUCAACCGGAUGUGACACCGCAGAUCAAUGCCAUCAAUAUCGAGCUGAGAGGCAUCCAGGAGGAGAGAGCCAAGAUCCAAGGAGAGAAGGCCGACCUUCAACGGGAGAAAGACAACCUCAUUGCUGAGUUCAUGAGUUUGAAGAAGAGACUCAGUGACAUGAACAACAUGAUGAACGCCAAAGAGGAGAAGCUGCGAGGACGCCACAGGGACACACAUGCUGCUCUCCAGUGGCUCAGACAGAACAGGCACCUGUUUGAUGGGAAUGUCCAUGAGCCCAUGAUGUUGGUGAUCAAUGUGAGAGAUCAUAGAUUUGCAAAAUACGUGGAAAAUCACAUCCCAUUCCAGGACCUGCGAGCAUUUGUCUUCCAGAAAAAAGACGACAUGGAGAAGUUCAUGACUGAGGUCCGUGAUAGGAUGAACCUGAAGGUGAACUCCAUUUCUGCUCCGGUGGAGUCGUGUUCUCAAAAGGAGCCAUCCCGAAAUAUUGAGUCCCUAAGGCGUUUCGGGUUCUACUCCUACCUGCGUGAGAUGUUCGACGCCCCUGAUGAGGUGAUGAGUUAUCUGUGUCACCAGUACAAGGUUCAUGACGUCCCUGUGGGCAGCGAUCAGACAAAAGCCAUGAUUCAAACGGUGAUUGAGGAGCCCUACCUCAGGGUGUUAUACACAAAAGAGGAGAGGUACACGGUGAAAAGGUCCUUUUACUCCAACAAGAUUAGCACCAGUAACUCUGCAGUGCAUCCUUCCCAGUACCUCACUAUCACUGUGGAUGCUGAACAGAAACGGCAGCUGGAGCAGCAGAUGAAGGCGUGUGAGGUGAGGUUAAAAGAAAUCGAUGAACGCAUGAAGGCCCUGCAGAAGGAAGCCGUCACCCUGGAUCGCCGUGACAAUGAGCUGUUGGCAGAGAAAAAGCGUCUCUCUGAACUAAAGGGCAAAAAGAGACAGCUGGAGCAGAAAAUCAGCACCAAACAAGACAGUCUCAGGCAGAUGGAGCAGAGUGUUAUUGACCUGAAGAAGAUUGAGGAGGAGACAAAAGAGAAAAUUGCAGCUGUCAAUUCCCAGAAGGUGUCCAUAGUGACAGUGUUCAUGACCCAAAUGAAGCUCAGAGCUAAGCUGACUAUGGAGAAGGUGUACUUGGCUUUGGAGACGGUGGGUCUGACAGCGGAGAAGACGAAACUGGAGAAUGACUGUCGAGCAGGCGCCUCUGAACUUAAGGCCACUGAUCAAAAAUGCAACCGUCUGGACCAGAGGAAGGUGCAGCUGACAGAACAAUGCAAAGGCCUGCUGAGGAGAGCGAAGUCAGUCUGUAGGAUGCAGCCCGAUGGGUCAUUACCUGAGGACCUGCGUAAUGGGUUCAGCAAGCUGCCCGACACGCUAGACGAGAUUGAUGCCAUGCUGAAUGAGGAGCGGUCCAGAGCUGAGUGCUUCACUGGCCUCAGUGAAAGUGUUGUUGAGGAGUUCAACAGGAGAGAGCUGGAGAUCAAACAUCUGGAGAAAGAGCUGGAAGAUAAGACUAAUGCCUUGAGUGCCUACCGGCAGAACAUAUCAGAGGCUAAGGAACGCUGGCUGAACCCUCUGAAGCAGCUGGUUGAACAGAUAAAUGACAAGUUCAGCAACUUCUUUCGCACCAUGCAGUGUGCAGGAGAGGUUGAUCUGCACGCAGAGAAUGAGGAGGAGUAUGACAAAUACGGGAUCCGUAUUCGGGUGAAGUUUCACAGCAGCACUCAGCUCCACGAGCUGACGGCCUACCAUCAGAGCGGAGGAGAGCGCAGUGUCUCCACAAUGCUCUACCUCAUGGCCCUGCAGGAGCUCAACCGCUGCCCCUUCAGAGUGGUGGACGAGAUCAACCAGGGAAUGGAUCCUGUAAAUGAGAGAAGAGUGUUUGACAUUGUGGUUCGUACGGCCUGCAAAGAAACAACAUCCCAGUACUUCUUCAUAACACCCAAGCUGCUCCAGAAUCUUCAGUACGCUGAGGAGAUGACCAUCCUAUGUGUCCAUAAUGGCGCUCACAUGCUUCCCCCGAACGAAUGGGAUGAGAGGACUUUCAUCAAACGGUGUCUCCAAAGAAAAGCCAGGGCGUGAAUCCACCAGGCCGACCUGACCUUCCCGGGUUCACUGUUUAAAAUAUACUGUAAAACUGAAAGUUUCUGUUCAGCCGUUAUUUCAGAUGGAAUAUUCUAUAUAAGCCUUUGAGAGAGGAGGUUCUAAUAUUGUACUGAGGAAGGGUCUUAAACAGAGCGGCAGUAUUCUAACACUUGUUAUUUAGUUUUUUUGUUUCAAAUGGGGUUUUAUAAAACAGGGUUAUUGAAAACAGAAAUAUGCAUUUGCACAUUUGUCUGUUGAUGCAGCAGCAUGUUAACUCUUGGUAAUUUAAAAUAUGUACAACAGUUUCAUCUCUUCCUUAACAGUUAAUUUGCAUGUUUAUAUAUUUGAAUAAAUUAUUGUUCUGUUUCUGUUCUAAA